AUGCUAAAGUAUCAUAUGCAAGGGUUCAGCGGGUAUAAUGUCCAAUACUCGCCUUACUUCGAUAACAAGCUCGCUGUAGCAUCCGCAUCCAAUUAUGGUCUAGUGGGAAAUGGCCGGUUAUCCAUCCUUGAUAUAGCACCGAAUGGACAACUCAUUGAAACUAAGUCAUUCUUGACACAAGAUUGUCUCUUUGAUAUAGCAUGGAAUGAACAGCAUGAAAAGCAAGUUGUUGUAGCACAAGGUGACGGAUCUUUACGGUUGUUCGACAUCGAUCUGGCGAAAUACCCAAUUGCCAUAUUCAAUGAACAUAAGAAGGAGGUAAUGAGUUGUAAUUGGAAUUUAAUUAACAAAACCAUGUUUACAAGUAGCUCGUGGGAUGGUACUGUCAAGAUAUGGUCACCAACAAGAAAGGAAAGUCUGUUAACGUUACGACCUACACCAAAAUGGAAAAAACACCUUGAUUCAAUGGAACCAAUAAUACCGAAAAGACGAAAUAAUAUUCAAAUUCAACCAUCUCAUAAGAUAAACAUGCCUAAUAAUAACAAUAAUAAGGAUUGCAUAUAUCAGUCACAAUUUUCACCUCAUGAUCCAAAUUUACUCAUAUGCUGUUCGGGGGAUUCAUACACAACGAUAUUCGAUUUAAGGGAUCCAUAUAAUACACAACGAAAUUUCCUUUCUCAUGCGGGAAUGGAGGUACUUAGUGCAGAUUUCAAUAAAUAUAGACCCAAUGUAUUAGCCACAGCUGGUGUUGAUAAUAGUAUCCGUAUUUGGGACUUUAGAAUGUUAGUUGCUAGGGACGCAGCUAUAUGUAUUAAUGAAAUAGUCAAUGCUCAUGACUUGGCUGUCAGAAAAGUUGUUUGGUCUCCUCAUCAUUCGGAUAUCUUACUCUCCACUUCAUAUGAUAUGAGUUGUAAGAUCUGGAAUGAUUUGAGUUAUGAUCCUAUACAACAACGAAAAACUGGAAAAACCAAUAGUCUCGAUUUUACUGGGAAUGGUUGCAGGUUUAUUAUGAACCAGCAUACUGAAUUCGUUUUUGGAGCCGAUUGGAGUAUGUGGGGCCAACCGGGAUAUGUCGCCUCAACAGGUUGGGAUGGUAACGUAUUUAUAUGGAAUGGACUAAGAGGUUGA